AUGCGAACGACAACGGACCCAGGAAUUGUACAGGCCGAUUCAUAUAAUCUGCCCGAAGUAACAUGCGAAAUGAUAGAUAUAUAUUACGAAGAAAUUGCUGAGUAUUUUAUUGCUGGGGUGCGGAACGUGAAAGCUCAGAGAGCUACUCGAGAAUCUUACGGAGACGUUGCUGUAGGGUAUGUCCAGUUGAAAAGGGAUCAUCCCCAGUGCAUUGUAAAAGCUCGAAUCACGCCAGAACAUAAAAUUCGAAAACAAAGCUAUUUGGUUAGUGUGUGCAUUGAUGAAGAAUGCCAUAAAGUAAUUGAUGUGAAAUGUAAUGACUGCGAAGCGAGCGAAGGGGGCUGCAAGCAUGGAAUAGCGCUGAUUUUUUGGUUAUUGAGGAGACAUUUACAUCCGUCAGUAACCUCAACCGUCUGUUACUGGAAGAAGUCAUCGUUAGCAAAACUGGGGGAUUUGAAGCCAACAACAACUUUCAAUAUUUUUAAAUAUAAAUGUCCGCCAUUACGGUCAAAAACAACAGCAUUUCUGGAUAAAACUGUUCAGCUACUAUUAGAGCAAAACUCAACUGCGUCCAUUGGCAACUGGUUUCGGACCAUCCCCACUGCUGUUGAGCAAAUUUCCCUUCACCACAUGGUACUGAAAUUUCAAGCUACGGCUCCUAUAAUCAAUGCAGAUCAUUUUCUCCAAUUUGCGAAAACAGUUUUAAUGCCCGAAAUAUGCAAAAAAAUUUGUCAAAUAACUAAAACGCAGUCUGAAUGCCCAGAAUGGUUUGCUGCUCGAUUUGGCCGGAUAACAGCUUCAAAACUACACGAGGUUGCACACUGUCAUACAUAUGAUGGGACAACACUAGAGGCAGUACUUGGUACGCGCAAAUUCACCCCUAGUAAAGCCAUGCGACGAGGCAUUUAUUAG